AUGGCGGAUGAUAACGAGGACCAGUGGCUUUACGGAGAUUCAAAUGAUGGAAAAGAUAAUUUUUCCAAGGAAGAAUCGCUUGAAAAUAAUAAGGAAUCAACAUCAAAUUUAAAUCAAGAUGAGUUGAAAAAUAUUGAAGAGGGUAACGCGGAAAAUAACCCCGAAGAGUCUACUGAGCAAUUAGAAGCAUCAGCACCGGAAGAACAUACGUCACAGGAGCCUAAUGAAGAUGAGGAACAGGAGGUCGAUGAAAAUGGCACAAAAGAACCGAGCCAAGAAGACCCUGAUGCUCCAAGUGAUUCCGAUUCAGAUGAUGACGUUCAUGUUGUCAUCGGUGAUAUUAAAUCGGCGCCAGCAUACAAUAAUAUAAAUAUUAAACGCAGCGGGCUUUUAACAAACGCCUCCGGAAUACCAGAUAAAUUAAACAAACAACCUGGUAAAUUUAGCAUCGAUGAAUUUGAAACGAUUGGUGUUAUAAAUGGGAUCCAGGCGCAUGAAUUUAAUCUUGAUCAACUGGAGGAUAAGCCGUGGCGACAACCUGGUGCUGAUAUCACGGAUUACUUUAAUUAUGGUUUUAAUGAAGAAACUUGGCGCGCUUAUUGCGAACGUCAGAAAAGAAUGAGAAGUGAAUCUGGAGUCGGACUUGUUUUGAACGCUGGCUCUGGAGGACCAAAUUUAAUAAAUACAAGAGUAUCACAAGUCGCUAUUACUAACGACAACAGCAAAUACUCUGGUAUAGCAGGACCUAAGAGAGCUGGACCACCGCCUGGAAGAAAAAUGGCUGGAUCUAUUGAUGUGAUUGGUAGUUCUGGAUUGGCGUCACGCAGAAAUCUCGAUAAAUCACCACCUAAGGAAAAUGUUAUUCAAGUUAUGACUGCUGACCGACGAGAAUAUUCCAGAAAGCCAGGAUUUCCUGACAUGAGUGUACCGCCACCGGGUCCUGGAAUGGUACCACCUCCUUUUGAUUUACCUCCACCUCCUGCUCCUUAUCAGGAACCUCCACCUUUUUAUAUGCCAGAACCUGAUCCUUAUUUCCAGAGCUAUGAGCCAACACAAGACAGUCAAUGGGGAAAUGAUCCCACUUGGCAACCAACAAAUUUAACCAUUCCAUUAACAGCAUCUGAUGAAAGCAAAGAUAUAGGUCCUAAAUCAAUUCCAACAAUGGUACCACCUCUGGUGAUUCCUCCAUUGAUCGCUUCUGGUCCACCAGGGCGUGAUCCUACCGCGAGAGGUGAUAAUUCGCGCGGUGAAGGGGAAGUUGAUUCAAUGGGCAGAGAAAGAGAUCGAGAACGUGAACGCGACCGUGACCGUGAACGUUCAGAACGUGAUAAAGACUCAUCAGUUAGAGAACGUGAGCGAGAUUCAGUGACGCGGGAUGAAGAUAAAGAACGUGAUCGUUCGAGGUCACAAUAUCGUCAUAAAGAGAGACACAGACAUCGAUCACGAUCACGCUCCAGACGGCAUAAAUCUAGAUCUCGUAGUCCAAGUCGUCGUAAGAAGAAGUCACGACGUACUGAUCGUGAACGGUCCAAAGAAGAAAGUGAAUAA